AUGGCUUCAAGCUUCAAGGAUCUCUCACUUGAUUGGCUGAUUCAAAACAAUGAUGAUGUCAUGAUUCUAAUCUUUGAUCAACAAGAAGAAUAUUAUGCUAAUUUGCCGAUCAGCAACGAUUGUACAAGCGUUUUGAGUCAGAUCACUGCCAAGUGCAAGAAAGGAAAGUGUGCAAACUACGAGUUCACUUGUGCUAAUGGAAAGUGUCUUAGUAAAUGGAGACGUUGCCGUGGCGGAGAUGACUGUGGUGAUGGUUCAGAUGAACAGCAGUGUCGUUGUAUGGCGUGGUCAUCUUGGAGUGUCUGCAAAGUGUGCGCUAUCCAGUACCGGCAAAGAGUCGAAUUUGACUGCUCAAGAACUCAGGAAUCACGGCCUUGUGAUUGUCCUCCUGAAAUUAAUCCUGAGCUCAAGGAUCAGUUGGUUACAUAUAAUUCACCGCUUGAGUUCAAAUGCUCUCUAGGCGGUGUCCCUACACCUGAGAUACGCUGGACUAAGGAUGGGUUGAAUAUCAGUAACAACAACAUUCUCAGGAUUCGUCAAGCGAGAUUGGAAGACUCUGGUAAAUACACAUGCAGGGCCAAUAACAGCGAAGGGAGCAAAAACUCAACUUUCUGGAUCGAAGUGGCGGUCUCUCCCCAGAUUAUUACGCCUCCGAUAAGCCGAUAUGUUACCGAAGGAGACCGUGUAGACCUUAUUUGUAGAGCCUCAGGUGUUCCAAAACCAACCUUGGUCUGGACUUUUAAUAAUGGUAACCUGCCAUCUGGUAUCAAUCAAUUCAAACACGAAGGAGAAUCAAACCUGGUAUUGCCAAGUGUCACGAAAGAGAUGAAUGGGACUUACAAGUGUACAGCAAAAAACAAAGCAAAUACAGCUGCUUACUCAGCAGUACUGCGUGUUUAUGGAAAAGCCUCUGCUCAAGUUGUUCCAGAGAAAUACAUAAUACUCACUAAAGGAUAUGCCCUCAUAUUGACCUGCAAAGUCAACGAAGAAACAAUAAAAGUAACGUGGAAAAAAGAUGGAAACUUGAUCACAGAAAGAGCAGUUAUAGAUACACGAUUAGAUGAGAAAACGAGUAAACUUACUCGUACUGAAGUUGUAGAAGAGGACAGUGGUGAAUAUUCUUGUGAAGCAAGUAACAAGCUAGGAAAUGUGGCUCGCUCUGUUGUGACAGUAGAUGUCAAAGGAAAUGCAAAGGUUCCUUCCGGCAGCUCACUGGAGUGGUAUUACAUUGGAGGGCCUGUAGCUGCUGCCGUUUUUCUUCUGGCGCUCAUUUUAUAUGUUAAAAAACGCUUCACGACAG